GGAAGCGGCAUGUUGAAGACGUUCAUAUUUUUGCAAGUACAAAUGUAUUGUUUCGUUGAUAAAGUAUGUUAGUUUCACUAGAGAAACAUGUUUUGAGAUGUCUGAAAGGUCAAAAACAUUUAAAGAGUGCAGGUACUAGCUUUUUGAUGAGCGGAAGAAAAUAAGAAUAUAGCUAUGGUUGUGAAGCCAUGUGCUUCUUUGUUUACAAAAACAGCGGCUGUUGGAGAGAUUGUGUGAACGGUUCUGUGAAGAAAAUGGAAUUUGGGCUUGUAAGAAGUGAGCCGCACAACCGGCGACAAAGUCUGCGUUUUUAAGUCAAGUUACAGGGCGCAAGGAUGAUUGUUCAGGUUCUCCUGACGGGGACACUAUGCUGCCUACUGCCAGGUUUGCUGGAUGCUACACCUCUGAAGGCUAGAGCUGUAGGGGAGGUCAGCAUCGACUCUGCCCAGGCUCAUGGCUUCCUGUCUCAGUCACGCUCCAAACGGAACGUCGACCCGGACCCCAAGUGGCACCGCGGCACACCUGAUUUCCAGUCCUACUACAAAUUCUACAACAGCAUAGGCCAUAUUGAAGGACUGUAUGAGAUUGACAAGAUCAGGAUACUGUAUCAGCAGAUGCGUCACCUAGAGCAGGUCUAUGGCCCAGACGCAUCCAGCUACCAGAAUGCCCUGGGUGUGAUAACCCCUCCACCUACCACCGCAGCUCCUACCACUACCACAGUGCCUCCUACCACUCAGCCCCCUCCUACUACACCAGCACCACUUUCUCUAACUGAGGCUGAUGUCCUGUAUCUGUGUAACCCCAAAGACCCCCUCUGUAAAGCUCACAUCGUUUACCUGCCUGCAGGGGCCAUCCCGGUCCUCUGUGACCCACGCUACAACCCUACCUGCAAACCCCAAACCGGCAAGGUGGUCAUAGCCGCUGCCGGACCUGCGGAGCUAGCUCCUGCAGCACCUGUAGAGCCAGCUGUUGAAUCACCUCCCCCACCUCCACCCCCUCCUAAGAAGUCUCUCCAACCUCCUUCUCCCGUUGUCAUUAAAGGGAUGGAGUAUGACUGCGACCCUUACUGGGACCCUGACUGCCUGAUCGAUCACCCACCUCGCUCUGUCCAGGUGACUGAGCCACCACCACCCCCUACUCUCCCACCUGUUGUGGUGGCCCCUGUUGAGGAGGAGGAGGAAGAGGAGGAGGAGGAGGAGGAAGAAGAAGAAGAAAUGGCCACCAAGGAGACAGUAGCGUCUUCUGACCCUUAUGAUUGGGGACGUGACCUCUUUGACCCUUACCGCUAUUCUGACCCAGCACCUGACCCCCAGUAGACAGUUUUUUGUUUUGUUUAUCUAAGUACAAACAUAACACAUUAGUACUGCAAUACAACAGAAGGUAAUUUACCAAAUACUGUGAGCAACCAGUAGGACUGUGAGCAAAACCAUAACAAACACAAUUGUACACGAACACAAUUUCCCCCCCAUGUAUGACAUUUCUCAGUUCCAUCAGAGAAUAUUGUUUUGAGUUGUAGAGACAACGGAUUUAUAAUAUAUUGUAUUCAACGUGUGUGUGUCUGUUAUCAAUUAAUAUUUUUUUUUAAAUAAGUGUCACGUCCCAUUUGAAAUUGUUUGUGGUACAAGGUCGACCUCCAGCGGUGAGAACUGAAACUGUAAAUUAAACGUUCUAUCUGGA